UUACUUAAUAAUUACGAACAAAUCGCAAGCUCAAGUGAUAGGUUUAGACGAUGGUAGAGAUUAGUUAGUUAACAAUUAGGUAACUUUUGCCUAUCAACACAAGGUAGCUUGUGACGAAUGCUAGAAAUGAUAAAUAUAGAUAUUACUUUCUAUAUAUGGAUUGUAAAUUGGGUCUACUUGUUGAUGAAUUUGAAAGAAAAGGUGUAAGGCAUUAGGUCAUUAGAGUCCAGUAAACAAAUAAAAAUGGGUUAGUACUGGCCCAACGAGGUCAGCAUUGGCCCACUUCCGUAGUUAGGUGAAUAAGACGACGAGUAUGAGUGCGUCUGCAAAAAGUUGAUAUUGAGGUCCGGUAAAAAAAGGAGGUGGAAUUGGCAGUAGGUAUGUGUCAGUUGAGCACCCCUGACCGCAAUUAAUAAAAGACUAGAAUAGAUAAGAGGUAGGUAGGCACGUCGGAGGUCGUUGACCAAGAGUUCUGGCGAAGACGUGGUGUCUUGAGCAAAACUCCAACCGCGUAUAACUGUACAGUGCCGCUCCGCUUCGGCCCCGUUGCCACCAUCAUCGAUACACGUUCAAAUCGGAUCGCCGAAGAGCCUUGAACUACAAUACUAUCGGUGAAGCAGAAGGCUGCCCACGGCCUCGUCUUCAACGGUACAUUCCAUCGGCUGGAGAAAUUCCGUAUUGUACAGCAAUUUUGAGCGCAUAUGAAUGAAGAAAAGUGUGUUCGAACUUGUGCUAUCAGCAGCUGCUCCAACAACCUCGAGACCGAUCAUCGGGCGGCUAUGCGUUCUUGUUAUUGUUGUUGUUAGUGUGGUGGUUGGUGGUAUUUGAUAACAAUUUCUGUUGCUGAUAUUAUGCCCGGAGCGAAUCGACUGCGACCUUUACCACCUUUUCCAAUCCAUCGUCAUCAUCAUCAUCGACUCCUAAUUGUCCUGUGCUUUUGCGCCGGACUUUCGUCGAUGUUCUCUACACGGGCGCUGGCCCAAGAUGAUGAUUCUUUUACCGGAAGCUUUCUCUUAGAUAUAUUCGAUACAUUAACGAGUACAGCUGAUGCCAAAGAUUGUCCUGGAGUUUGUGUUCAUAUAAUAGCAACGACAAUAUGUUACGAUGUAUUGGAGGACGUAGCAUGUCCUAGUGCUUCAAUGAAAUGUUGCAUUGAAGGACCAGGACCUAACUCAACGUCAACGGCAAAAAACGAAACAAGCAUCAGCGGCUCUAGUAGCCCCACUACGGUACAAGAAACACGAUCCACCACAACACCUCCACCUACAUCCGUAAUGGUGACUCAAAACAAAACAACGACAGCAACAAAAGUUGCAAAUUCCGGAAAAAAUGAAACUUCAUCAAAAUGUCCUGGAGUUUGUGCACCAGCUAACAUAUCAGAUUACUGCGAAGCCAUCAUACCUAACGACACUUUAUGUGAACCGAAUGCAAAAUGUUGCGUGGUGUUGGACGAUGCGGUUCCCGAUAAUGUAAUAAUUCCAAAUGCUCACAUCAAAAACAGGACACAAGCGCCAGAGUUAAAAACAACACCGUUUCCAAUCACCGCCGUUACCGAGUAUUCAAAAGUUGUAUCUACAACAUCCCCCUCGUUUCCAACUAAAACUUGUAAAGGAGAAUGUAUUGGUGGUAUUUUUGCGCUAUCCUGUUACGAUAUAGAUUGGGAAGCACAAUGUCCUGAAGGAUCUAGUUGUUGUAUAGAAUCGUUUUGGGAUUUCUCAAGUAGCAGUACUCAUAUACCGCCAACAAGGAUAAUAAGUACUAGUACCACCACUACUACAACCACCCCUCGUACUACAAUAUCUACGAGUAUGGGUCCCAAAUGCCCUGGUACUUGCUAUUUGAGUAUUAUGGUAGCAUUUUGUGUCCGACCAGCUGUCUUGAUACAAAACACAUCUUGUAAGAGAGGCACAAUCUGUUGCGAUAAUAGACAGCUAUCGGCCUCUCCUCGUCCAAAACCAACACCGUACAGGACAUCAACAGUACCUUCGACGACCAUUGUUACGACAGUUGAUCCUAGACCAGAAUGCCCUGGUUCAUGCAUUGUUUCCUAUCUCAGUUUCACUUGCUUUCGAAAUGCCGAAAUGACGGACAUUUUCAAAUGCAAGAAAUUUGGACAUAAGUGUUGUGCUCCGAAAUCGAUAAUAAGGGAGAUGUUGGAUUUGAAGGGCGAAUCUAGCUUCGAAGGUCAUCCAACUAGCACAGUGUUACCUUCCAGUGUGGGUUUAACAACUCCAUUUUUAACAACGACAGAAGCAACCGCAAUAACUUUCUCCGGUUACACUAAAACAACCCCCAGCAAUUGGAAAUCGCCUACAUAUAAUAAGUACGUAUGCGGCGUUAAGGGCAACUCUAGGACUCGAAGGGUAGUCGGAGGGGAAGAUGGCGAACAGGGGGAAUGGUGUUGGCAAGUGGCCCUUAUUAACUCUCUGAAUCAGUACCUUUGUGGGGCAGCCUUAAUUGGUACCCAAUGGGUUUUAACAGCUGCACAUUGUGUAACUAACAUCGUACGAGCAGGCGAUACAAUUUACGUAAGGGUUGGUGAUCACGAUCUAACGAAGAAGUACGGAAGUCCUGGAGCCCAAACACUUAGGGUUGCUACCACAUACAUCCAUCACAAUCAUAACAGUCAAACUUUAGAUAACGAUAUUGCUUUAUUAAAAUUACACGGACAGGCCGAACUAAAAGAAGGCGUCUGUUUGGUUUGUCUACCCGCUAGAGGCGUUAACCAUGCGGCAGGAAAACGUUGCACUGUAACAGGAUAUGGAUACAUGGGAGAAUCUGGGCCGAUUCCUUUACGUGUUCGAGAAGCUGAAAUUCCAAUCGUAAGUGACCCCGAAUGCCGAAGGAAAGUUAACGCUGUUACCGAAAAAAUAUUUAUUUUACCAGCCAGCAGUUUUUGUGCAGGAGGAGAACAAGGAAAUGAUGCCUGUCAGGGCGAUGGAGGAGGGCCACUGGUAUGUCAAGAUGAUGGCUUUUACGAAUUGGUAGGUUUAGUAUCAUGGGGCUUCGGUUGUGGAAGACAAGACGUGCCAGGAGUCUACGUUAAGGUAUCCUCCUUCAUAGGAUGGAUUAACCAAAUCAUUAGUGUAAAUAAUUUAUAGGUAAAUUAGUAAUACGAUUGGGCCUUUUAACGAAAUUAUAAAUAUGAGUCAUGGAUUUCAAUUCUAAAAAAAUUUAAAACCUUUCCGGGAAAUAAGUACUAAAAAAAGGCUAAAAUAGUGUAUUCAACUACUUCAUAAUUUUUUAACUUAUUAUUGUGUUAGUUUUAAAUGAAUAGUAGAUAACUAGUGUUAGGUAUUACUACGUAAACAAAAUAUUAAUUAUUUAUAUGAAUUAAAAACAAUGUACAAAUUAUUUUAAAAGGCGCGCUAUUGCUUGUGUUCCACUG